AUGUAUGACAACAUCUCUGAUUUCACAAGAUAUGAUGACGACCAUGACCCCGAACACGGUGAAGAAGAAGUUUUACAAACAUCCAUUAAGACAGGAAAGGUUUUAACUCAAAGUCUCAUUAUUGACACCAAAGAUGGCGAAGUGGACGUUCUUCAAGAGCUGAAGAAAAAUACUUCUUCGGGAGGUGGUGGUAGGCAUGAACUUGAAAUAAAUGAGAUAGAAGAGAAAUUAGCCGAAAAAGCAGAUAAAGAACAUAAACACAAUAUCUCCGAUAUAAAUGAACUUCAAGCUACAUUAAAUAGUAAAGCGGACAAAAAUGAACUUGACGCAACGAACAAAGUUUUGAAAUCUCAUAAACACAAUAUCUCCGAUAUAAAUGAACUUCAAACUUCUUUAGACAAUAAAGCAGACAAAAACCAUGUUCAUUAUAUAAGUUCUGAUGAACAGAUUAUAACGGACUAUCAUGGAUAUUUAACACAGGGUGAAAAAGUGAAUACGAAAAAUGUUAAUGAAAGAAGAUAUAAAUUCAUUCGUGCUAAAGGUUAUGACAUACACUGUACUGUACAGUAUGACACAGGUAUAGCACCACAAUCAUUUGGUUAUAACGCUGAAAUUUAUGCUUCAUACUUCUUUGUUAACGGUGUAUUAGUUGAACCAAGAUUUACUUUGAGAGUUAAGUCAAAAAUAACUUUUGAAGAUGCUAUUAAAAGUAAAGCUGACAAAACAGAACUUGACGCAACGAACAAAGUUUUGAAAUCUCAUAAACACAAUAUCUCCGAUAUAAAUGAACUUCAAACUUCUUUAGACAGUAAAGCCGACAAAAAUCAUACACAUAAAUCCUUCACUACUGUUAGAGCAGACGACAUAAUAUUGAACUAUGAUUUGGGUUCAAGUGCACCUUUAGAGAAUCCGAGUACAAGCGUAAAAGAUACUCUUAACAAUUUAGAUAAGAGUUGCAGGAAUAUCGAAGGUCAUGCCAGAAACUUUGAAGCAUAUGAACUACCAGCAAUGUUAGACAGUAAAGCCGACAAAACUUAUGUGGAUACAGAACUAACAAAGAAAUUUUCGAAACCAGAUACAAUGACAUUUACAACAGAAAUUAUAAAUGGUGAACCAGCAACUCCAUUUGAAUUUGUUAGAGGUCUUCAACCAGAUACUUUUGAAUUUUUCUUGGAUAAUUCUAUUGAACUAACAUUACAUUAUAAAAGUGGAACAAAUGCAACAUUUCAUCCGGGAGAUACAUUCCAAAUGGUAUUUAAUGACAUAAGUUCUUUAGAAUAUGUUUAUAGAGUUAUGAGCAUAUAUGAUUUAAUAUAUCCUAUAGGAGCUGUUUAUACGUCUAUGAAUCCAAUAAAUCCAAACACUUUAUUUGGUGGUAG